GUUUUUUCAUCUAAAUGAUCAAUUUAAAUGGAUGGUGAAGUAAAUGUAACCUAUGUGAUUCUUGGUGGGCAUGUGGAAGUGCACACAUACAGAUAUCUGUAUUUUGUGAUCUUUCUUAUAGCCUACCUUCUUAUAAUAAGCUGUAAUUCUAUCAUUGUGUAUCUUAUUUGGAUUCACCAGAACCUUCACGAGCCGAUGUACAUUUUUAUUGCAGCUUUGCUGAUCAACGCUGUUCUCUGGAGCACUGUUAUCUACCCAAAGCUUUUGAUUGACGUUCUAUCUGAAAAACAGAUCAUAUCGUACUCAGCCUGUCUCUUACAGUUUCAUUUGUUUUACUCUUUAGGAGGUUCAGAGUUUUUACUGUUGACGGCCAUGGCUUAUGACAGGUAUGUGUCUAUAUGUAAACCUCUGCAAUAUCACACCCUUAUGAGAAAAACUAAAGUCUGUAUUCUCUUGAUCUUAGCGUGGAUUCUUCCUGCUUCUCAUGUUGCAGUGCCAGCUGGUCUGAGCGCUGAUAAGAAACUCUGUAACUUUACUUUAGGAGGUGUUUUUUGCAAUAAUACAGUCUACAAACUACAAUGUGUUGUCUCCAAAGCUCAAAUCAUACAUGACAUGGUGAUUUUGCUAAAUGUUGCACUUUUUCCUUUACUUUUUAUACUUUUCACUUACAUACGGAUACUUAGAAUAUCAUAUAAAAGUAAUAGAGAAAUGAGAAAAAAAGCAGCACAAACAUGUUUACCACACUUAAUUGUCCUCAUCAAUUUUUCUUGUUUGUGUGCUUUUGAUGUUAUUACAGUCCAAAUGGAUUCCGAUUUUCCAGAGAUCUUGCGAUUAAUAAUGACUUUGCAAUUAAUAAUGUAUCAUCCUCUCUUUAAUCCUAUCAUUUAUGGGCUGAAAAUCAAAGAAAUAUUCAAACACCUCAAAAGGUUAUUCCUUACAGCCAAACGAGUUUGA